AUGCUUCCUCGAAGUAUCAAUAUAUUAAAGCUAAGACCUACAACUCAAGUCACGACAACUGCUCUUAGAGCUCUUGCGACCGAAGCCAAAACCACUCUUGGAGCCACACCUGGAAGCACCAGCACAAGCACCAGCACAAGUACCGCCACCACUACAACUCUUGAAUCUACAAGCACAUCUACAUCAGGGGAUGCUACUGAGACCACUAUUAAAGAAACUAAAAGCAUAAAGCGAAAAAGAACUUUCUUCACCGAUGAGUUAAACAAAGGUCCAUCAUUUGAUGAUUUCGUCAGUGGCAAGGCUAAGGACAUGCUUGAAGACCCACUCGAACUUGCACGUAAAGAUCCCAAUGCCAAACUACCACUGUGGCUAAAAGUGCCCAUUCCCAAGGGUAAAUCAUUCCAUAACGUAAAAAAUGAUGUGCGUGAAUUGAAACUCUCUACAGUGUGUGAGGAGGCAAAAUGUCCUAAUAUCGGUGAGUGCUGGGGUGGAAAAAAGUCUGAAGCUACAGCAACUAUUAUGCUUUUGGGAGACACUUGUACAAGAGGAUGUAGGUUUUGCUCGGUCAAGACCAAUAGAAAGCCUGGCAAGCCGGAUCCUAUGGAACCCGAAAAUACGGCGGAGGCAAUCAGUCGAUGGGGGUUGGGAUAUGUUGUGUUGACCACGGUUGAUCGAGAUGAUUUAAUCGAUGGUGGUGCUAACCAUUUAAAGGAAACAGUGCAAAAAAUCAAGUUCAAAGCACCACAGAUUUUGGUCGAAGUGCUUGGUGGUGAUUUCCGCGGUGAUUUGGAAAUGGUAAAGAUCUUGGCCAAUUCUGGAUUGGACGUUUAUGCACACAAUAUGGAGACAGUGGAGACAUUAACUCCACACAUUAGGGAUAGAAGGGCUACAUAUAGACAAUCAUUGGCCGUAUUGAGAACCGCCAAGGAGACUAAACCAUCAUUGAUCACAAAGACCUCAUUGAUGCUUGGUUUUGGUGAGACUGAUGAUCAGAUUAGACAAACCUUGAAAGAUUUGCGUGAAGUUGGAUGUGAUGUUGUGACAUUUGGUCAAUAUAUGAGACCUACAAAGAGACACAUGAAGGUGGUGGAAUAUGUGACGCCGGAAAAAUUUGAUUACUGGAGAGAUGUUGCAUUGGAGAUGGGAUUCUUGUAUGUAGCUAGUGGACCAUUGGUGAGAUCAUCGUACAAGGCUGGUGAGGCGUUUAUUGAAAACGUCUUGAAAAAGAGAAAGCACAAUGUUGGUGAAAGCCCUAGGAUGUUACAAGAGGUGAAACCAAGUAUAUUCAAAAGAGCAUAA